AUGGCGAACCCUCUCGAUACCGACGCUGGCUCUGAGCUCUUUAGCUCUUACGAGGCCGAGUUCAAGCUCAUCCAGGCUGAUCUGACGCAAAAGUUGGACCAGAUUCCUGAGCUGGCUGGUGAGCCUCGAAAGGCCGCCAUCAGCCAGGCUGAGCGAGCCCUUGAGGAGCUCGAUGAACAGCUUGCGGCAAUGCGCCUGGAGAAGCAAAACAUUCCCACCAGCUCUCGCACCAAGGUCAAUCAACGCCUCCGAAACUACGAGUCCGACACAGAUGGCGCCCGUCGCAAGUUGACAACCCUCUCUUCCGACCGUUCAGCUCUUUUCGGAUCGCGAUACACAGACGACCCCGCUGGGUCAUCCGAUAUUCAUAUGGAGCAGCGCCAGCAGCUGCUUUCUGGUACAGACCGACUCGACCGCAGCACCCAGCGCUUGAAGGCCAGCCAGGCCCUUGCCAACGAGACGGAGGCAAUCGGCGCAGACACUCUGGCCAAUCUCGGCAGACAACGAGAGGUUAUCGAGAACACACACGGCCGACUACUCGAGAGUGAGGGAUACGUGGACAGGAGUAUCAAGACGCUAAGGGGGAUGGCGCGUAGGAUGGCUACAAAUCGGGUGAUUACGAUUGCCAUUAUUACAGUCUUGGUGAUUCUUAUCAUCGCAGUCAUUUUCAGCAAGUUCCGAUGA